GGGAGAGAGAGAGAAUGGUCAUAUCAUAUUUGGCAUCAGCAUUAUCAUCACAUGAGUGACUCGUGUCCUGCGCAGUGGGUGCCAAUGGGUGCCAAAAGCAAGAUCAAGAUGUAAACACACAGGUGCCAGGGGCUGCCACAAGCUGCCAGGGGUCGCUUGCCCCCCGCUGGGAACAGGAAGCAUAACACACACUCCCCACCAGUAAUAAGCACCAAUUAUCGCCUCUCUUGAUGCCCUCUGCCUUGCUUGGUCAUCAAUACAUUAAGAACUAUUGUGUUUAUUAAUAUUUUGGGGUUGGGUUUGGGGAAAGUGUUCGUUAAGUGACGUCCGAGCUUCGUCAUCAGCUGGAUCCGAAGACUCAACACGGAACCUCACCACUCACUCGUCACCUAUCCUCGCCCUUAUUAAUCACCUCUGCGCAACACCACCAAAUGUGUGUUUGUUGCGGUUCUUUGUCGAUAUUUGGUAAAGCACUCGUGGAUUGAUGUGAGCCUCGCUUGGAGUCAUUGCUUGGACUCCAUACUCAGCUGGACUGUUCCCUAUCCCUCUCCUUUCCCCGUCCCUGACCUCAACCACGCCGUGCAGCCCUUCAGGUCCUCGCCUCGCCCGCCCAAGGGACUCGCCAAGAUGCAGUGGAAGCUUCCUGCCUCCGCAACUGUUGUAGUGUGAUCUCAGGCUGGCCGUAACGGUAAACAAACACUCGGCAUAAGGAAAAGCACGCCAAAAGUCCAUCUGGCACUUAGGAACUGGCCUCAUAAGUGCCUCAAGCUGGGGGGCUGCCAAGACCCCCGCUCAGGAGAAAUGUGCUUGCCAUCCCCCUGUCAACACUCUUUGUGCAACACCUGUAUGCUGUGAGGCUGAGACCAAGGCCAAGAGCAGUCCUGAUGUCGCGGUCACUGAGCCCCGAGGACCGGCGGGAGCUGGGGCGCCUCACCAAAAUCCUGACACAGAAGGUGGUGCAGGUGGUGGUGCAGAGCCGGCUUGGGGAGAAGGCACACACCAGGUCCAAGUCUCCAGUGCAGGGGUCUGACUGGUUUAACCUGGGCAUUGAGGACAUAGGGGAGAUCCAGCAGGAGACCAAGAAGGGACUCGGCGGACACCUUCCAGAAAAGGGGAAGCCGUUAGUGGUGGAGAUCAUGCUAAGGACGCCCACUCUGGACAGUCUCGUGCUGGAGUUGUGGACGCUGACAGUGCUGGAUGCCUGUGACACUUCCCCAGCACGCAUCAACCCAACGAUAUACAACAGGAUGACGGUGCUGCUCAAGUCCCUCCUCUCCGUGACGCGCAUCACUCCCGCCUACAAGCUGGCAUUCCGGCAAGGCCCGGACUCCUUCAUCAUUUGCUACAGAGUGUAUCUCGGAGAUCCUGACUAUGAGUGUCUUGGGGAGAAUUCAGUCCAGGCUCGGCUGGGUCAAGUCACCACACCAGAGUCCACACUGCUGCUGUGUGUGUCGUACCGCACCCAGAUCACCCUGGCGCCGCCCGUCCGCAGCCCCGUGCAUGACCCCAUCAUGCUGAAGAGCGACCACUUCAAGCCAGAGAUUUCCCCAAGGCACUGCAGAAGGGGCACUGAUCGGGGAACGGACAGCUCUGAGGCAACACAGACCUCAGACGAAAGCCAGGAUGCAGGUCGGCUCUUCACCACCUCUCCUCCUGACCACCCGUCAACCCCACGCUCCAGAACCAGCAGUGAGAGCAGCUGCCGAGGGCAUUCACAGCAGCAGCCAGAACGCAAGAUAUCAGUGGCCUUUGUGGACGCCAAGCCUCCCAAGCCUGAUGAUUUCUUCCUCCCAGACAUCCCAUUCUCCAAUCUGCUCACCUCAACUGUGGAGGUGCAGGCCAAGGGUGAGAGGGAGGCUGCAGCACCUCAGACUCAGGAGAAGGGUGCUGGUGGAGUAGCCACAGUGGAGGGAGGGGAGAAGGUUGCCAUGACAGGCUCUGAUGGUUCGCACAAAUCCACCGCCUCAGCUCAGCUCAAGGAAGAAGCAGACUUUGUUAUGGUGGAGUUGAAAACCCCCUUUGCUGGAAUGCAGGAUGCCGGGAAUGACCUUGGCACCUUUUACCGCGAGUGCCAGAAUGCCCCACAGCUGCGGAUGUUUGCCGACACACCAGAGGAUGAGAUAAGCGACCUGGCAGAGCAGCUCCUGACCUUUGAAGGAUACGUGGACGACUACAACGAGCUGGUGCGUUCCUUACACUCUGAAGAAAGCCCAGGCAGCUCUCAGUGAAACCUGGGAGAGUCAUCACUGCUUGUCCUCUCACACUCCUGUUGUAGCCUUGUGUUUAGUUCAAAGUGAGACAGGUAAGGGUUUGUGUUCGGACGCCAAAGAACUGCUACUGCUGUGUGUUCUCUUGUGCUCAUGUUGCAGCCUUGUGUUGUGUUUUGAUUGCACAUGAGAAGGAUUUUAGUGACUGGUGCACUGUGCUUGUCUCCUACUGCACCAGAGAGAGAGAGAGAGAGAGAGACUAGCCCUAAGUCAAGGCUUAAGAAUUGCUUUUUAUUGUUCUUUUCUGGCUGUAUUUUGUUUACAAGUAAAUAAGUUAUAUGCAGCAAAGUCCAAACUGAGUGUUCCUGAGAAGGGCAUAGUGUGUGUAUGUGUGCGUGUGUGUGUUUAACAGCUACCCAGAUGGGGGCCAGCGAACAAAUGAUAAAAGAAAUGAUGACACUAAACUAGAUUUUCAGUGAUGAACAUCUUAUGAAAUAUUUAAUCUUUAGAUACAUGAAACCUCAAGCAAAUAUUUAAUCAAUAGAUACAUGAGACCUCGAGCAUUAAGAUAGAUGAAUACAGCACCUGAGGUAAUAAGUAAAUAUUAGGACUACUACAUGAAGCUAAAUUAGAUGAUUUAAGAUGAUCAACAGUUGCAGGUAGGAGAAUGGAAGGUUGUAAUAGUGUAGCAGAGAAAAUAUUUAACGUAUACACAGCAGAGUAGGGGACACGGGACAGCUAUGUGUUUCUUCGUAGUAAACCUGAGUGUCAUUUGCCUCAUUAUCAUUAUUCUUCUCACAAGUGGACGUGUUAAUGCAGGACGCUGGGAGUCUUGAUGAUUCCCAGAUAGGAAGGAUGUGGACAAGUAUUGGAAGUUAAUACAAUCACUUUAAUAUUGUAACGUUUGAAUUAGUAGGGAUUAUCACAGACUACAGCAGGGUACAAUUGGUUCCUUCAGGUUUUACUCAGUAAGAAAUGUUCCUUGAGACAGACGAGCAUGGCGGUGGUGGUGGCCAUCUCUGUGCAAUGAAGUUUAGUCCAAUGAUGUUGUUGUAGAGCUGUGUUUUAUGUCACUGAGUUUCUUAUAUCUUUUAUGUAAUGUUUUAAUAAUUCUUGUUUAACAAGUAAAUGGUGGAUGAGGCAAUGGUGUGCGUGUCGGUGGCUGAAAAGUGUUGCAGAGGUGUGUGAAGAGGAUUCCUGCUGGAAGUUAGAAAAAAGGGAUACCUGUGUGGAGGAGUAUGCUUUGCGGUCAAAGAGACAAACUGCCGAAGUCAAGGGAGCAAAAGUUAGCAUUUAACUACUAACAUUGUGGUAAUGGAUGGCCUAGAAGAUAUUGAAGGCUCCUUGCCAAUGAACAAAUUGCAGCACUUGUCAGCUAUGUAGGGUGUUUGAUUCCUCAGAUAAAGAAAAAGACAUGUACUAGGAAGAGCUCACACCUGCAUGUUAACUAUAGCCACAGCUAUAACCAGCCACACCAGUGUACCGCCACACAGCCUCAAUGCACAGCUGAACUUAUAACUCUGGCAUUGUUGUCGUAAAGUAGAAGGAUGACCGCUUCUCGUGGCUUUUAUCUUAUACUUUGUAAGUGAAUCUUGACAGUGGGAGGAGGAGCCACUUUUCUUUGAUAGCCUUGUCCUGAGGCAGUGAUUCUCCCCAACAAAUACAUUGCCUGGAGUUAAGUAAGUUUUUAUGUUCUAUUUUUACUGUAUGUAUAUAUAUUUGAGCUUUUUAUUUGAAUUAGUAUUUUUGUUGAAGAACAUAUAUUUCUCCUUCAAAUACCUGUCCUUUUCAAAUGUUCAUAUCAUCCGUUUCCUUGAACACAAUCCCAUCAUCCAUUUCUUGGUUUCACCCCAACAUUCAGUGCAAGCUGCUGUGCCUCAGUGCUCAGAGCCUGCAGAACUGAGCCAGCAGAAUACACUCACUGUCUUACUCUUGGAGAUUUCUUGUCUGUUUUCUCACUUGCUGGAAGAACACACGGGCACACCACACAUUUGCACUUUGUCUUUGGAGUGAUGGACACCUGUUUGAAUAUACACGUUUCUAAUUGCUGUGACACUCUUUGUCUAUCACUCAUUAUAUGUAUCCAGUUAUAUAUAAAAUACACAAAUAGGCAAAUUUGUACCCACACUGGCUGGACCAUUUACAUUUAAUUUAGUUUUUCUGUAAUCCUGAGCUCAGAAUUGAUUCUGGCAUGAGGUGGCAGUUUAGCACAAAAUAUUCUAAUAUUCAAAAUUCCAAGUUUUCUAUGGUUUUCACACAACUCUACUUUGGUGCCCAACAUACCAGUGUGUCCCAUCAGCUGUGAGGAAAGAGUGAGUCUCAGAAUGAUGUCUUUGUCCUCUGCCUGCCAAGAAGCCUUCACUUGGCCUGAUGGAUCACCCUUCAUCCUAAAUCAUUUCAGCUCGCCUGCUUCCCAUCAUGCACAUCAUGACAAGUGCAUCACCUCACCAGGAACACAUUCAGACACCCUGAGGAGUGAUGUAUUUCUCACUCAUCAUGUGCAUGAAAGAACAACACAAGCUGUCUCCAGUAUACAGAACUUGUCAGUGCUUUGGCUUUUUGUGUGUUUCAGAAGCUGCCAGGCAUUGUAUGUCAUCUCUGAUAUAUAACACAAAUUGGCUUCUUAAAUAUGUAAUAUUGAAAAUAAUACUGGGCAAGGUUUCUCUACAGUAACUUCUCACAGUGCACAAAGUGUAUCUCAACAGUAACUUCUCACAGUGCACAGAAUGUAUGUGAAUAUUUUAUCAUUCUGAUGGCAUUUUAUUUGACCUGAAAGUGACUGUGCUUGUAUUGUCUCCAGCAAGACAGACUCUUCAGUUUUCCCUUCAAUAUUUUACCUAACAGCACAGCACAAAAUAGCUCUUAGCAUUGUUUACCAAAAUUCAUCUCGAUACAGAAUGUGCAAGUGUGUCGAAAUCCUGGUGAGAAAAUACUGCAGUGGUUCCUUGCAGCAUCCCAUCAGUGUUUCAUGAGUAGUGGCACAGCUGUUGUCCUUCACAUAUCAAGGCACGCUGUCUCCCUGCCGUCAGUGUGCCAUCACCAACACGCCAAGUCAAAAUACCCCAAAUUAUUCUAUUUAUUGUACUUAUAUGUAUUUAAGGCUUUUGAUAUACAUAUAUAUUUUUUUAAUCCCCUAAUAAUUAACCAGAUGUGUGAGCAGCUGUGCUUUUGGUCAAGGAUUUCAGAGAUGAGGAUGUUAAUUAUUGUGUUUGUGUUGUACAAAGCACAACAGCCUCUCAACACAUGACUUGGUGUCAUGUGUGCACUCUGCUUUUUUUCCUUGUUCCAGGAGCUGAGGUCAUAGCAAAGGUGCAUCACCAACAGAGGUGAUGGUGGAAACUUGUGAUGCAUAAUGGAAUGAUGUGAAGUGAAAGCCAUUUAUAGAAUCUUGUAACUCAUUCCAUAUAUACUUUAGCUGAUGCUUCCUGUAUAGUUGAGCAGAAAAUAUUCAGCCAAACUUUUACAUUGUAUUAAAGUAAGUCAGAACAGUUGAAAAUUUGUGGAAUCUGAUAUGGAAAAGGGAGUCCCUUAGAUGAGGACAUGCCAUGUGAGCGAUUGCAGCGCGAACUCUUGCCAAACACACUACUAGUGACCCGACUGUAGUGUUUUCAGUCAGCCCUAUCCUCUCCUCCCCGAUGCAGAGGGAGGAGACACAUUCGUAAAGACUCUGUAGCUCACGUACUAGCUGUAGUUUCCUAGAAUUCAUUUUCUUGGUAGUGAUAAUAUCAAUUGUUCCACAUACUCCCCAGCAGAUGUUUGUAGUGGUGUACCAGACUUUUCUGUUCCAGCUGUAAUCAGUCCCAGCAGAAUGGCUUACUUGUUGCUGUCACUCGGGUGUGGGUGAGGAUCGGCAGUGGUGGCGUUUACUCUGUUUUGUGAUAGACGAGGUAAUCUUGAUUAGGUCGGCGUCCUUUCCUACAUUAGAGAAGGAUGCCGCCCAAGGUGUUCACUUUGUGGUUAUCUUGUCGUCAUCUCAUUUUUGGCAUUGUGAUGGAAAACUGUGUAAGCUAAAAAUACCUCCUUAAUUAUUAGGUUAUGUUUUGCCUUAUGAGAAAAUAGGGAAGUGUUAUUGCAAGGCGUGACAUGUUUCCACAGUCAGAACUGUUUAUAUUAUGGAAAUCUUUGACUUGUAUAAAUAUUUUGAGAUUGUGAAAUAAAUUAUGUGUAAUGUAA